AACACGUCAGGACUACGUAUCUGGGUAUCUAUGUUCCAUUUGUUUAUAUAAGUGUAACAUGUAUGUUCUCCUGCAAUACUUUAAAGUAAAGUUCACAAGUUCUCGUUCACGGCUCUUUUAAAUAUAAGGACAGUAGACACUGGUUUGACAAAUAACGAGAGCUCCAAAAAGAGGGUGGAUAUCAUAAUAAAUAAAAAGUUGUCUAUAGGAAGGUGUGGAAAAAGGCUACGCUACUCCAACAUCACUCCGUUGGCGUAUCUUAAGCUACAUUGAGGCUAGCAAGGCUGGAACAACAGUAUAGACAUGUGUAGGAGACUUGUAAUAAAUCUGUGGCGACUUGUAAAGAAUUUACAAAUAUUUCUUUUUUUCAUGCUCGCAUCGUACACGGCCACAAUUGACCAAAAAAACUGUUGAGGAACCAGACAAUACAAAUGUAAUUUCCAACUUAAAUGUAGCUAGAUGUAUAUAAAAAUGUUUCUAACAAAAAUAUAUGUAACACAUUGACUAAAAAUAGGCCUACAUAUAGCUAUAAUGAACUCGCUCUGGCUUUCUGGUCGACUGUAUGGGAAGCGGGUCUGCUACAGCAUUCCAAACAAAAUCCCGUGAAAUCAAACAAUAAUGAAACUUUAUCUAACUUUUCCCCAAGCGAACUGCUGGAUGCAAUAAGCCCGCCCCAUCUGUAGCAGCAAAUGGCCCAACUCACUGACGAAGUGAAGGAGAGUCGGAGGCAACGAGGGGGGAGAGAUAGAGAAGAGGGGGGAAUCGGAUUGAAAACAGAUCACCACCAAGAUCUCUCCACCGCAUGUCUAAGAACAACCGACGAUUAAAUCUGGCCCGUCGUUGUGAGUUUCGCUCAUGAGAUGAGCAAAACACGCCAUGCCUAUUGUUUUUAUGGACCACUGAAUGGUUCCAAAAGUUUUCUGCCUGUAGUCUGAUGGAUUGUAAAAGUUAGCGCGAUGCCUCGACCGCACUCCAGAGAUUGAAAUGAGUGAUGUAGCUAGGGUAAAAAAAACUUUGGUAAAGAUUGUCAAACAACUUAUGGCGAAUCGCACAUUUGAGUAGUGCUUAAAGUACGUGGAUGGAUUUUUUUCGACAAACUUCAAAAGGUAUUUGGCAUUUCCCCACCAACAGAAAAAGUACAUUUCCGAGAGUUUACGAAUUUUACGCGCUGAAGAUACGUUGGACAAAGUGAGCUGAACACGCUUCUACAAGGUCUUUGUUCUCUCUGAGAAUCGCAAGAUGGAGACCUCAGCUCCCACCGCCACUGAGAAGAAGGAGCUGAAGAGCUCCGGCCUGGACGGCAGCAGCUUCACCGACCUCCCCAAGAAACCCUCUCCCACCACAGUGACCCGAGCUCCACACAUCUUCCCGACGUUCCAUGCGCCCAUCCCGAUCGACAUCCGCCACCACGAGGGAAGAUACCAUUACGAGCCGCACCCUCUCCACGGCAUGCAUGGGCCUCCAGGUUUAACCGGCAGUCCUGUCAUGUCGGACGUGUCUCUCAUCCGCCUCUCCCCUCACGCGGCGGCCACGGGGGAGUCUCCCUUCAGCCCCCCGCACCCCUACGUCAGCCCCCACGUGGAGCACUACCUGCGCUCCGUCCACUCCAGCCCCACCCUCUCUAUGAUCUCCGCCGCCAGGGGCCUCAGCCCCGCAGACGUAGCAGCGGCAGUCACCCAUGAGCACCUAAAGGAGAGGGGUCUGUUCGGGCUGCCCCCCCCGCCCCCCGGGGCCAGCGCUGCGGAGUACUACCACCUGAUGGCCGCCAGCCACCGCAGCCCCUACGGGGAGCUGCUCAUGCAGACCGGGGCAGCCGCCGCCGCAGCCGCAGCAGCCGCAGCCGCCGCACAUCUGCCAGACUAUAUGAGCCCUGUUGACAUGUCCCGUUUCCCCAGCCCUCGGCUCACUCCCCGUCUGAGCCGGAAGAGAGCUCUGUCCAUCUCGCCCAUCUCAGAUGCCAGCAUCGACCUGCAGACCAUGAUCCGCACCUCGCCCAACUCCCUGGUGGCCUACAUCAACAACUCCCGCUCCAGCUCCGCCGCCAGCAGCUCCUACGGGCACCUGUCCGUCGGGGGCAUCAGUCCCUCGUUCACGUUCCCCCACCCCAUCACUCCCGUGGCCUACCAGCAGCUGCUGUCUCACCAGAGGGGUCUGAGUGCCUUCGGACACACCCCGCCCCUCCUGCAGCACUCCGCCUCCCUCAUCAGCCGACAGCCGCAUCUGGGGGUCGCCGCCGCCCCCCACCCCGUCCCCAACACCACCACCACCAUCCCGGGAGAGUGUGUCCAGAAUGCUGCUGGUGAGUCGGCCGUCAGCAGCACAGUCAACCCCAUGAUCACCAAGAGGACCAAGGUGAAGACAGAAGCAGACGGACCUCGGCCCAUCUCCCCCUGCUCUCAGGACCACAUUGACCUGCGAGAGGAGCUGGAUAAAGACGAGUGCAAGCAGGAGCCUGAGGCCGUGUACGAGACCAACUGCCACUGGGAGGGCUGCACCAAGGAGUACGACACCCAGGACCAGCUCGUGCAUCACAUCAAUAACGAGCACAUCCACGGGGAGAAGAAGGAGUUUGUGUGUCGCUGGGAGGAGUGCUCCCGGGAGCAGAAGCCCUUUAAGGCCCAGUACAUGCUGGUGGUGCACAUGAGGAGGCACACAGGGGAGAAACCACACAGGUGCACAUUUGAGGGCUGUGCCAAGGCGUACUCCCGCCUGGAGAACCUGAAGACCCACCUGCGCUCCCACACCGGGGAGAAGCCCUAUGUGUGCGAGCACGAGGGCUGCAACAAGGCCUUCUCCAACGCCUCGGACCGAGCCAAACACCAGAACCGCACACACUCCAACGAGAAACCGUACGUGUGUAAGAUCCCUGGCUGCACCAAGCGCUACACCGACCCCAGCUCCCUGAGGAAGCACGUGAAGACGGUCCACGGUCCAGAGGCGCACGUCACCAAGAAACAGCGGAACGACUGCCCUUCCAAAAACCAGCCGCCCAAGGGCAACGGAGAGAACGAGGGGGGCAACAAAGGAGGAAGGGGGGCAGAUGGCGCAAUAGAAGCCAACAGCACCACCAAAGGAGUGGACGACUGCCUGCAGGUCAAGUCCAUCAAGACUGAAAACUCUGUGAUGUAUCACUCCAGCCCAGGCGGGCACUCGUCCUGCAGCAGCGAGCCGUCGCCGCUCGGCAGCGCCACCAACAAUGACAGCGGAGUAGAGAUGGCCCUGCACAGCGGGGGGGACAGCCUGGGGGACCUGAGCGGCCUGGACGAGGCCCCCAUGGCCGCCGACUCCACCGGGUCCCCAGGGGGUGUGGGCCUGCAGCUGCGUAAGAGCCGCGGAGGGGCGCUGCUGCGGCUGGACCAGCUCAAGCAGGAGAAGCUCAAGAGCGUCAGGGACUCGUGCUCCUGGGGGAACAACGGCCCGGCUGCCCCGCCGCAGAUCCGGAACACCAAACUACCUCCCAUCCCAGCUGUCGGUUCCUUACUUGAGGGUUCAAACAUGGGCUACACAGGCUGCUUGCCAACCCCCCGUAUCGGCAGCGGCAUCGGCGAGCUGACCACCUGCGAGGUGACGCUGCUGAACCAGCUGAACGAGCGCCGCGACAGCACCACCAGCACGCUGAGCUCCGCCUACACCAUGAGCCGCCGCUCGUCAGGCAUCUCGCCCUGCUACUCCAGCCGGCGCUCCAGCGAGACCUCGCAGUUCGGCGGGAGCCGCCACAACAACAUCAGCGCCGCCUCCUACGACUCCUACGACCCCAUCUCCACCGACCUGUCCAGACGCUCCAGCGAGGCCAGCCAGUGCGGAGGCCUCGGAGGAGGUGGAGGAGGAGGAGGAGGGCUGGGUGGAGGUGGUAGCGGCCAUCCGGGUAUGCUCAGCCUCACCCCGGCUCAGCACUACCGCCUGAAGGCCAAGUAUGCGGCCGCCACCGGGGGCGCCCCGCCGACGCCGCUGCCCAACAUGGAACGCAUGAGCCUGAGAACGCGAAUGGCGCUCUACGGGGACUCGCAGGAGCGUUCCGCUUACCUGUUCCACCCGUCGGCCGCGGGUACGAGCGCAUCGAGACGGUGCAGCGACACCGGGUAUGGUGCUCCCGGUAUGAUGCCACACGAGGUGCCCAACAGUCUUCCACGGCGUGCCAGUGACCCCGUGCGCCGCCCCGCUCAGGAUCCCCUGUCGCUGCCACGGGUGCAGCGCUACAACAGCGUGAGCACCAUGAACACCUCACGACUGACUGGCGACCGGCGAGGCUUCAGCGGCGGCCUCACGGCUGGCAACACAUGGUCCGACGGCAGCCUGCACCGCCACCCCUUCGCCCAGCGCCCGCCCAGCAUCUCGGAGAACGUUGUCAUGGAGACGAUGGCACUGGACCAGGCCGACGACGACAUGGUGCUUCCAGACGACGUGGUCCAGUACCUCAGGACGCAGAACGGCAGCUCAACUCAGGACACACCGGCGGGUAACUACACCGGAGGCCAACCGCAAGACUUCCAAAGCAACAUGACAGUCCAGCAGCAACCCCAACCACAGCAGCAUCAGCAGCAGUUCUAUGGGCAAAGACGCAUGGCUAUGAUGGAUGCUAACAUGAUCCCUUCAGCUAACGGCCAGGGAAUGGCAUCCUGUCAGAUGGGCCCCCCCAGGCCCCAGCAGCAGCAGUUCCCCGCCCCAGCCGGCAUCAGCAAGAGCAGCAUGCCCGUGCAGUGGAACGAGGUCAGCUCAGGGACGGUGGACUCCAUGGAGAGGGUUCCCAAGCAACAACAGCAACAGCAACAGCAGCAGCAGCAGCAGCUCCUCCGCAGCAACCUCGCCGUGGUCCAGCAGAAGCAGAACUUCGGCGCCUACCACCAGGGCUUCCAGGGAUCCAACCAGCAGAUCGUUCACAUGAGCCAGAACCUGGCGGCCAUGCAGCAGGGAUACGCCAUGCAGAGGAAUGCCCAGCGCAUGACCUCCCUCCUGCAUCAGCAGCAGCAGCAGCAGCAGCAGCAGCAGCACAGGCAGCCAUCCUCCUCCACCAACCCAUGCCUGGUGCCUGACACUUUAUCAGGGAACGCAAGCCAGCACGCACUGUUAGGCAACAUGGCCCUUCCGAAUGGCAGGGCGGUGAUGACGCAGCAGAACCCUGACGCGCAGCAGCAAUAUCGGUCAGGAUCCGCCUACGUGAAUCCCACCGGCCAGCAGAGUUUUGCGGUUCCCUCCCAGAUGCCCGUGCAGAACGGGAACAGGCCCCUGAUCCAGCCUAGGCCUCCUGCAGAACCCAGAUCUUCAGGCAGGCAGCCGCACCCGGGCCUGAACACAAUGCAGCCAAACGGGUUCCUUCAGUCCAACCUGAACUCCGAGUACGGAACCUCAGAAGCCAGCCCCAAGAGAACCGGCCCCGGAGGUCAUCAGGAGAACAGAGACAGCAUCAGAAGCAACCACGCCAACAGUGGUGGCAUGUUCUACUCAGGCGAGAUCCACAUGCUAGAUCCCAACGUCAGUUUCGACGCGCCCAUGUCUCCCUGUGCCAGCCAGGAUGCAGCCACCAACAUGGCCGCCAUGGCCUCUCCAGGGGUCAACCAGGUCACCAGCACGGUGGACUCUCAGCCGGUGGAGCACGCUCAGAUCGACUUCGACGCCAUGCUGGACGACGGGGACCACUCCAGCCUCAUGUCGGGCACACUCAGUCCAGGCCUCCUCCAGAGCUUAUCCCAGAGUUCGUCGCGGCUGAACACGCCACGCAACUCUGUAACGCUGGCCUCGGUGCCCUCGGGGAUCAGCAACAUGGCGAUCGGAGACAUGACCUCGAUGCUCACGGCUCUCGCAGAGGAGAGCAAGUUCCUUAACAUGAUGGCUUAAGGACAAGUGGUAUUAUUUGCCAUCGCCACAUCAUCAGGAAAACACAACGUGUGUAUGUGUGUGUUUUUUGUGGAUGUGUAUACUGUAUGAGUGCGCUUUUAAAAAAAAAACUGUUCUCUGUUGAUUGAAAAGGAACACGGUAUUGUAAAAGAGACUUGUUUGCUGGACUUGUUUGUUACUUAGCGCCAGAAGUUGGUGCCCCAGGGGAAACAGUCUUUUCAUGACAAAAAAAAUUCAUUCAAGUUAGGAGAUAAGCACUGAUUUGUACACAAAAGCAACUGGAUCGCUUUGCAACUGACCUGCAAUAAACAAAGAAAAACCUUAGAGCUUGUAAUUCUAAAGAGCCGUCCACACUGCCAACAAUAACUAUAAGGACAACUGAAACCAUAUUGAUAUGAGCGUCCACACUGACCAAUUAUAGGUAAAACCUCUUGGAAAUAUAAGUCAUGUUUUAAUGUGAUGCCUUUGUAAUUUGAUUUGAUAAUGUUUUUUAUCAUUCACACAAUCUCUCUGAAAGUAAUGCCCAACAAUAUCGUUCUUCAAAUCUUUAUCGGUAUAGUGUGUAGUGUGGCCACUGUUAUGAGCGAGAGAGAGAGAGCGAUAUUUAAAACUAUAGUGUUUACAGCUAUUGUUAUAAUUAUCGUUGGCAGAAUGGGCGGGCCUUUAAACAUAGUAUGCAUCUUAGGCAUUCGAUGAAAACUGACAGGAAAUAUAAUUCGCAUACCCUGCUUACCCAAAAGCCAUAGUUUUGGUGUUGUUUUGGUGGUGUCGACGAUGUUGUUAAGCGCCGCCCAGGGUUCGUCAGUGGCUUCCUCUCUAGCGGUGCACUGAGCAAGUGGUUCACUAAGUGCCUUCCAGCUUGGAACCAGUGUGACCUGAACGCAGACAUCUACGUUAAUCAUGUUGCCAGUUUGAGUACAUGGUAAACAAAUACUUUAAAGUAUUAUUCCCUACUUAAACAUAUUGUUUAUAGUCUAACUGUAUGGUACAGUACAUGCUUUAAAUUACCUUAACGACUUGAUUACUACGUCUUAUUUCCCUCUCAUUAAGUACAAGACUAUGCUGUUUCUUUUGGUUUCUUUACGCAAAGUACAGAGGGUCCUUAAUCAUGGCUCUUUCCAGGGACAGAGAGAGAGAGAUAUGGAGAGAGAGGGGGGAGAUGGAGAGAGAGAGAAGGAGAGAGAGAGGGGGAGAGAGAGAGAGGGGGAGAGAUAUCCUCCAAGUGUCCUACAGGAAGCAGGAGGAUCUUGCUGUGCACUUGUCUCUUCAGCUUACGUGAUUGAAAAGGACGGACAGCUCGUCUCUCUCCGUGUGUGUGACCAUCUGCAGAGACCUGUCAGCUCUGCCCCCCCCCCCCUCCAGGGACCUCUUUAAAAAGGAAUAUGCAAGUACUUUUGGGUGUUCUCCACGGAGAUCACACCCUUCCAAUUAGCAGGUUCAUCACCCUCUGGAGUUGGGUGAUGGACCUCUGAGGCGAACCAAAAAGAUCUGCGGCCUUUGAUGUUUCGGCUGUGGUGGAAGACAUGAGAUGAAAAAGAAAAAUACCCUCUCCCCAUCAACGAGAGACAGAACAAACUCUCUGCAUUUGAUUGUUUGAAUUAAAACAGCCUUUUGUAUUCUGCCGUCCACGUUCAUUGUGCAAAGUCUGUCUUGUGUGUGUGUGUGUGUGUGUGUGUGUGUGUGUGUGUAUGAGCAGCUUUUGUACAUUUUAAAUACAGAAUCUUAAGUUGUUUUUUGCUCUUCUA